AUGUAAAUGGAAUUAUAUAAAGAGAGGCAAUAAUCUAAUGAAAAUUCGAAUCAGCUUAAACCUGUGGAAGCAUUCUAAUCUUUAGUACAAUAUGUGAAUGAAUUGACUGAUAUAGUGAAUAAGAUUAAAGUAAAGAAUGAAGCUGAAUUCUUAAUUGCUUAUCAGAAUCACAUGAAAAAAAUCAAAGCUGAAUUGAAGGAAUUACGAAGUAAAAUGGAAGAACAAUUAGGCAUUCAAAAUUAGAAUAAUGUGAAAGUAACAAGCAGCGAUAACGAAUUAGUAAUAAACAGUUUAAAAAUUUAUUAGGUUUAUUUUAGAGAAGAAUGUCUGAAGUUAUACUAAAAGGUUGAAUUGAAAAAUAAAGAAGUCUAUGAAUUAAGGUUUAAAUUAUCAGAACUGCAGAAAUCCAACGAAUUCUUGGAAUCAUAAAUCAAGUCAUUAAUUAAAAAGGUUAAAUUAUAGGAAAUUGAUAAGGAAUUAUAACCAAACAUCCAAUUAGAUUAAACAUUUUGUACUACUACUCCUGCUAAUUAGCACAAAUUUUAAAAACGAAGGUUAACAGAUUAUCAAUCUAAAGUUGAUAUGAGCUCAUCCUUAUCUAAACAUCAUUAUUCCUCAAUUAAAGAAAUGUUUCCAGCAGAUGACUUGAAUAAGGAAAUCGUUAAAUAUGAGGAUAUUCUAGAUAAAAUCACUAAAUAUGUUACCAUUAUUGAAUAAAAAUACUAAAAUUAAAAUAGAAUCCUAAAUGAAAAAGUUUAGAAACUUCUAAUAUCUUAAAAUAAGAAAUGUGUAAUUAGAAGUGAAUUGGAAAACUUUUUUUUAGAGUGUGUAGAAACAGUAAGAAAAGAAGUUUAGAAAAAAAGACCUUUGGCUAAUUUUUAAUAAUAUCAAUCUUAUUUAGAUUCUGUGCAGGAUUACUCCUAGUUCUAUAAAGAAGAUAAAAUCAAGAUCUUAGAAUUAGUAGUUAGCAAUGAAAAGCUCUUAGUUUUUAUCUUCUAGAAGCUAUUUCCUAAUCACGUUAAUUUAGUUCUUUAAUCAAUAAAAGAGGAUACAAAUCUAAAAAGCUACUUAGAUCAAAAUCUUAAGAACUCCAUUCCAAAUCAUCAAAAUACUGAAGAGAUUAUUAAUUUAAAUUAACUAGUGACAAAUUAUAAGGUGGAAGCCUCUAAGACGGCAAGAGAAGUUAGAUCAGUGUCUUUAAAUAAAUAAUUAGAAGUGAGAAGAGGUAAAUUACUAUUUAAAUAAUUUUGA